UUUGUAAAAAACUCUUUAGAUUGUCUUAAAUUCGUUUCAAUUUUUAUGCCGACAACCUCAAAAGCCCCUUAUUCUUAUUCUUCGUCGUUUGUGGAAAGUCAUAAAACAACUGUAUAUUCAAUUGCUUUCAACACAUUUACACCUCAAGAAGGAACAAGCACAAAUUCUAUUAAUUAUUUUGCAACUGCAGGAAAAAAUAAAGUUUCUGUUUAUAGUUGCUCUUCAAGUCAGCAAGGAAUUAGAUUAUUGAGACAGUUUGAUGACCAAGAUGCGAAAAAUGAAUGUUUUUAUGCCAUAACAUGGGCUUAUAAUUUGGAUACUUCUCUUCAUGUACUUGUAGUUGGUGGCCAUAGAGGGAUUAUUCGAGUUCUUAGUCCACACAAUGGAAGAAUGUUUUGUUCUUUACUAGGACAUGGGGAUUCAAUUAAUGAAUUGCGUACAUCUCCAACACAUCCAAUGAUUGUUGCUUCAGCAAGUAAAGACUUUACUGCACGUAUUUGGAAUAUUAUGAAUAGACAAUGUUUGGCUAUUCUUGGAGGAAUCCAAGGCCAUCGUGAUCAAGUCAUAUCUUUGGAUUUUGAUGUUACUUCAAAUUUUUUGGUUACUGCUAGUAUGGAUCACGCGGUGAAACUUUGGCAUAUUGGCCCUGGCACUGAAGUGGGUGAAGCCAUUCAAACAUCGAUAACAAAAAGCAAACCUGCCUCACAAUUUCCAACAGAAUUGCAUUUUCCUAUUUGUAAUUCAAGAGAUUUACAUACAAAUUAUGUUGAUUGUGUUCGAAUUAUGGGGGAUUUUAUAUUUUCAAAGGUUUUUUUAAAAUUUAUUUUUGGAAGUAUUGUGGCACUUGUAAAGAUUAGAAUGCUAUCCUUAUCUAAAUUUUCGGAAUUUUCUUUUGUUUUUUCCCUUUGGCAUUCAAUUAAGUAUUUAUAA